GGAAAACGUAAUGGCAGAACCACUAGAAGACUCAAAAGGGAUAUGGAUAGCGGGGAAGAUGUUAGAAUGUCACAGGACUCGGGAGAGGACUCAGGAGAGGACACUGAAGAGGAGGAGUGGGAGGAUGCGGAAGAGGAGGAGGAACUGGAAACGCUGGCCCAGUGGAUCAGAACGGUACACAAGCUGAAGUGGGAAAGACACGUCGAAUGUGAAGUACGGUUGGCGCAUCAUAAGCAUCUACGCAACCUGAAGCAGGCUACUUCAGUUGGGGAUGAUAUUACCUCAACAAACAGAUUUGAAUGGUUGAGGAAAGAGCAGGAGGUCAACGAGUUCUACGCAUCACAGUAUGCUUGGAAGGUCCACCUAAACAGCAACAACAUUUCGGUGCACAACGGGAACUACGCCAAGCAGUUUAUAUGGCCCAAAACGUACCAACCUCAGAGGUUGAAAAGGUCAGAGCAAAAAAGGAAAGCGCAUCAGGAAACUGAGGACAAAGAGGGAAGUGGGUCCCAGGGAGCAGAAAGCCCAGCUCAAGGGACGGAGGAGAAAGAACAGAUCGAGGAGGAGAUGAGACAAGCAGCGAUCCUGGAGGCUCAAAUCAACGUCCUCAAGGACCAAAACAGAGAAUUGGAGGAGGAUACCAUCAAUCUGCUAAAGAUAGCCUACUCUCCGCAGGGUGACAUAAACGCAGCAGCCAAGCUCUUUGCAAGGCACAACCCGGGGAGGAGAGUCAUCAUAAUGUACCGCUGGAACAGCGACAACUCGGACUGGGAGGUGGCCAUACACAAGACACUGGCUCUAAUCUCUACAAAGGAUAGUCACUGCUCGCAGGAUAGGCUCAAGGACCAAAUCUCAAGGGAUCUCCUGGACAUGGCUCAGGUGGUAGGGAGCCUUUCCCAAGAUCGGGAGGAGUGGCAGGACACGGCAGGUGGUAAGCAAACAGUUGACUACAGACCCAUUCUACUCAGAAUGCAAGAGAAGGCAAAGCUGACGGAGGGAUUAAUAUGGAUGCCUUGGCAGGUGGUGGAGGCAAUACCAUAUGGGCUACUGGGGGGCACGGAGGCAGCGGAAUGGGUGGCUAAGGGGGCAGCCAUUCUCUCCAAGGUAGAUGUUUUCUCGGGGACGCCAGAGGGUAUGGACACUAUGUUAGCAGCCGUGGCGGCUGAUUGGGAGUGGCCACAAGAGGGCUCGUGAAGAAAUGCUCGUUAGUGGACCAUAUUUAGGGAAUAGUAUAAAUGGCAGGGGAAGGGUUAGAGGAUAGAACCAAGAGAAGAAGAUUGUCGUCACGAGAAGGGGGAAGAGAACCGGAAAUCAGAGUUGUGUCUUGGAACGUUAAUGGCAUGGCACAGAUUUUAGACAAUAAGGAUAAAUGGAAUAAUUUAUU